CUUUAUGGUAGUAGAGCGCGGCCUAUACUUCCGGUAAUUAUGGAAGGCGGCGCUCUAGCCAUUUCCCUCUUCAUGGUGGAAGCUCUCCACAACUUUUGAACGGAAACUUCACCGUGUUUGAAAGCGCUGGGAGGAACCGCGGAGCUUCCUGUUCCGUUCCUAGGCGUUUCUAUACCCUCCCAAUUGGCUGUUCUUGAUAAUAACAACAACAAACAACAACAACAAAAACAUAACAACAAUAGCCGCUCGGUUUAAAACAAGAAUGGCGGCCGCCUCAGCUUCUUCUCUUCCCUCGCCGGCUUUUGAUUGGCUGCCCGUCGCAAGAGAGCGAGGCGCGGCCCUCACCCAAAAUGGCCGACGCGCGGCCCUCACCCAAGAUGGUGGCCGGCGCUAAGCGGCGCCCUCAGACAAAAUGGCGGCCAGCGAGAAGCGGCGCUCGUCCCCUGCGGCGGCCGGGAGCGAACCGGUCCGGCCGCCCCUUCCCUCGAACGGCGCCCCGUCCGAGAGUGAAGCGGAGUUCCUCCUGCAGGCCGGCGUGAGCGACAUGGUCCGUGAGGCCCUCCUGAAGGUGCUGGAGGCGCGGCCUGAGGAGCCCAUCGGCUUCCUGGCCGGUUACUUCGAGAGGCUGGCGCAAAGCGGCCCUGAGGAGGCGGAGGAGGCCUUGUUGGCGGCCGACGGCGGCGGCGAGCCCCGGGGGCUGCUGCGGGGGCGCCUCGGCCGAGCCUUGUGGUACCUGAGCCUGGCUCACCACUCCCACAGGAUGGCCUUUAACAACAACGUGAGCGUGGCCUAUGAUUCCCUGUCUGCCGCCGGCAGGCGCAAGAAGCCCGGAGUUAGCGGGAAACUCUACAGCGAGCUGCUGAGACUGAUGUGCCAAGACAAGGGAGCCCCAGAAGACAUCGCUCUGCCCUUGCUGAGUAAGGUCACCUGCCGAGACCACGAGGCGGUGCCCUUUGACAUCUUCCGCUACGGGGUCCUCACCUGCCUGGUCCUCCUUGAGUUCCUGGCCAAGGCAGAUUUGCUUUUCAACACACUGGCCGGCAGCUCUGGGGCGGCGGACAAACGAGUCUGUGCGGCGGUCCUCGGGAUCCUGGAGGACGCCCUUUGCCCCGCCGAGGUCGCUGCCCCCAUCCGCUUCCUGGAGGCCGGGUCCAAGCUUGGGCCGGAUUGCUUGGCUUCGGCCAUGGACAAAGCACUGGCUGAGCGGAAACCCAGCGUGGUGAUGAAGAAAGAGGAGUUCCUGCAGAGAGCCUCGUCCAUCUUCGUGGCGAGAGUGAAACCCGUCGAAUGAGCUCUUAAGCGGGGCGGGUGGGUUUGUGCUUCGUCUGGUUCCCUGAUCACCACCUGGCUGUUCAUCUAGGGUGGAAAGAGAGACAGUGCCUACUUCUUGUUUUGGGCCGGCAAUGGAGAGAGAUCGAAAUGUAGCAACAGUGGAUCGACUUUGCUUUCUGGGGUUCAGUAGAGCUGCAUGACUGAUGUCCAAAAUUGCUGCUCUUUGUUGAGUAAAUCUCAUGUCAAACACUGGAUAGGUUUGAAGGAUGAUGGGAGAUAUUUAAAUUGGGUUAUUUAUAUUGCA